AAUAGCCAAUCUCAUUUUGAGAUCUAAAUAUACCAAGCCCCACACCACAUCCUUGAACCAAUCCUAUUUCUCUUGCUAAGCUUGGUUUGCUGAUAGUACUGAUAGCAAUGGCCAUGGCUAAGCUUCUCUGCCUUCUGCUUCUAGCUCUCCUUGGGAUUUCCAUGGCAGCAGAAACCCAGUAUCACUUGGACAGUGCAAGGUACGGACCUGGGAGUCUUAAGAGUUCGCAAUGCCCAUCACAGUGCACAAGGAGAUGUAGCAAAACACAGUACCACAAGCCAUGCAUGUUCUUCUGCCAGAAAUGCUGCGCAAAGUGUCUGUGUGUUCCUCCAGGCUUCUAUGGUAACAAAGCUGUGUGCCCUUGCUACAACAACUGGAAGACCCAGCAAGGAGGACCCAAGUGCCCUUGAACCAAAGGGAUUGCCUACCCUACGAAUUUUUAAUCAUCACUAUCAUUUUAUCCAAAGAAUUAUUCUGCAAGAUAAUAUUAUCUUUCAGCUCCUUCAUUCUCUGCAGGGGUCAAAAUUCAAUGACCUGUUGAGCAGAAAAUUAAUCCAUUUAUAAUCUUUGUACUCCCAUUAUUAAUCGCUCCUUUGGGCUAAUGGUUCUAAAAUAAAGAAAAAACCACCAAAUGAGAGCUAGCGUUGACAGAAUUUGCGUUUUACUUGAUUUA